AAGCUUGUAGUCAUGUUAGUUAAGAUUUUCUAGAUGUACAUAGAUAUAUUUUACAUAGGCAUUCUUCAUAUUUUUCAAAGAUUAUAGAAUAUGGCAUUUUAAAUGUUUUAAUAACUUAGGGCUUUUCAUGACAAUGAGACAUGUCUGUUCCUGGCAGCACCAAUCUACUUCAAGAAGAAGAUGGGCAUCGAAGAGACACCUUAUAAAGUUUGAUAGCCAUUUGGGCAAGAAACUGCUCUUUCCUGGACUGUUGCAUAAACUGGACACAGAGAACCCGCAGAGAGAGGACUACUGAACUUGCCUAAAGGAACUCAGACCAUCUGGAGAGAAGUCUGGGCAGCAACUGGACCAAAACAAUGGAGUAGGGGAAUCCGUACUGCUCUCCAGUUAUGUGCAGCUGGAAUUUUCAAACAGACCUUGGCCACAGGAACUCCCUGAGAACCUGUCUCUUCUUACUGCUUCAACAUCCCUUCCCCCAAGAACGCUUACUGCCCUCAGCCUAACAACAGAAUGUUAUGUCAAACACAACAGGACAAAGUUCUGCACUUGCCGCUCUGGCUACCGGUGGAACGCUAUGCUCUGCUCCCUCUAUCCUACCUGCCUUGGCCACAGACCGGAAAUCAGUUCCUGUAUGUGUCUCAGCUUCCGCGGUGCUGCCCUUGGCUACUGCCAGUUGCUGCCACCUGUUCCUGCAACCCUGACCCUGGACUCUCAGCUGCAAAUGCCGGGGAACACCCUGAACCUCACUCUCCUCAAGACAGAGGAGGCUACCAACCUGAGAUGGUACUUGCGGAACCCAGAGGACCCCAAACUCAUCUUCCUACGGCCAGGGGCAAAAGUGACCCAGAUGUCCAGUCAGGGCCAGGCGGGCCUCAGCGUCAGCCACUUAUCCCGUCCCUGGACAGGUACGUACGUGAGCAUCUUCGAGGCCCAGGGAUUCAUGUGGGAACUGGAUCAGGUGGUGCAGGUGCCCUUGGAGGAGAAGGAAGUGGUUCUCCUUCCAGACAAGCUGUCCAUCUCCUGUGCCGCCUCCGCUGGCUUCCAGCUGAGCUGCUGCUUCCCACGCACAAACUUGGCCUACACUGCUACCUGGAGUCCCGGGGAGGGCAGCGAAGUGUCCUUGCAGAAUAUGUCGGAUUCCCAGUGCCUGGUGCUGACCACUCAGCACUGCCCAGCAGCCGAUACCACAUACAUGUGUACCCUCCACAGUCAGAACCUGGCUCCUUUCACGGCUCCUGUCUCCGUCACCAUCAUCCGGGAUGGAGACACGACCUGCCCCACGGACUUCUCGGUGGUCGACUGGAAUGUCACCAAGGCUGGCUUUGUGGCACAGGCUCCGUGUCCUGUGAAUAAGAGGGGCAUGGUAAAGAGGCUCUGUGGGUCUGAUGGCAUCUGGGGACCCGUCCAGAGCAGCUGCACAGAGGCAGAGAUCCUAAACUUGUGUCUUAAAGCCAAGCUGCUGCUGGAAGGCCAGGGAAAGCCCCAGGAAGAGAUUCCAUGUAUCCUGAGUCAGCUGCGAGAGCAGGUGGACGUGGCCAGCACCCCCACUGACUUACAAAAAUUGCUGCACACUGUAACCUUACUGGCCGAUGUGGUAGCAAAGACAAGAGCAGAGCUUACAAAGAGUUCCCUGAAGGAUCUCCUGACAAUCACAGACAAGAUUCUAGACGUGAACAUCAGCUCUCUGUGGACUCUGGCCCAGGCCCAGGCACCCUCAAUGGGCUCAGAUUUCCUGAAGGCUGUGGAGACCCUGGUCCACAGCUUGAGCCCACAGCAGCUUCCUUUCUCCUUCAGCUCAUCCAAUGUGCUACUGCAGAGCCAGCUCCUCAGACACACCUCUCCUCCUGGCUACCAAAUGUCCUUCUCUACCCGGCCCCUCCUGCAGGCACAGAUCCCAUGGUAUUCACUGGCCCCGCUGGUCCACAAGGGAUCUAAUGUCAGUAUUACUAGCCUAGUACUGCAAAAGCUGGACCACCGUCUGCCCUCAAGCUACACACAAGGGCUGUGGAACGCUUCCUAUACCACUCCUGGACUGAUCCUGGUGGUCUCCAUCACAGCAGAUAGCCAGGCCUUCACACAGGUAGAGCUUAUCAUGGACUUCGAAGACAAGAAUGGAGCCCUGCACUGUGUCUUCUGGGACCAUAGUCUCUACCAGGGUCAGGGGGGUUGGUCAGAUAAAGGGUGCCAGGUACAGGCAGCCAACACCAGCAACACCACUCAGUGUGUUUGCCAGCAUCUCACCGCCUUUUCCAUCCUCAUGUCCCGACACACCAUCCCAACAGAUCCCAUCCUGGACCUGCUGAGCCAGGUGGGGGUUGGGGCUUCUAUCCUGGCACUGCUGGUGUGCCUGGUUAUCUACAGGCUGGUGUGGGGAGCUGUUGUCAGGAACAAAAUCGCCUUCUUCCGCCAUGCUGCCCUGUAUAACAUGGUCAUCUGCUUGCUGGCCGCAGACACAUGUUUCCUGGGAAGUCCAUUCCUUCCUUCAGGGUACCACAGCCUGUUCUGCCCGGUCACUGCUUUCCUGUGUCACUUUUUCUACCUGGCCACUUUUUUCUGGAUGCUGGCCCAGGCCCUGGUGCUGGCCCACCAACUGCUGUUUGUCUUCCAUCAGCUGUCCAAGUACUUGGUUCUCUCCCUGAUGGUGAUCCUGGGCUACCUGUGCCCACUGGGGUUUGCAGGCGUCACCCUGGGCCUCUACUUGCCUCAAAGGAAAUACCUGUGGGAGGGGAAAUGCUUGCUGAAUGAAGAUAGAACGCUGCAUGCCUUCAGUGAGCCGGUGCUGGUCAUCGUUGGUGUAAACGGACUGGUCCUUGUCAUAGCCGUGCUGAAGCUCCUAAGGCCUUCGCUGUCGGAGGGACCCCCGGUGGAGAAGCGCCAAGCUCUGGUGGGGGUGCUUAAAGCCCUGGUUAUCCUCACGCCCAUCUUCGGCCUCACCUGGGUACUGGGCGUGGCUGUAGUAUUUGCUCAAGACUCCAUGGUCUCUAACUAUAUCUUCACCGUUCUCAACAGCCUCCAGGGUGUCUUCAUCUUAGUGUUUGGCUGCCUUACAGACAAGAAGGUACUAGAGGCCUUGCGCAAACGCUUCCAGGGUACCCGGUCCUCCAACUCUGCCAUCUCCCUGGCUACAAAUGAAACCUACACCUCGGAACCCAGCAAAGAAAGAAGUGAACAUGCCAGUUAUGAAGAAAAUAUGACUGAUUGACAGGAACCUGUGAUCUUCCGAACACUGAAGAUUAAGGACAGCAUUCAUUUUCUUUGGGGACAGUAUUUAGUUACAAAGUCCUUUUGUUGGUAGUUUUUUUUUUUUUUAACUCUUUACUCUUUGGCUCUUGGGGGGGGGGGCGCCACCCAGAUCCCAAAUAAUUCACGUAGAAACAUAUUCUUACUUAUAAAUGCCCCACCUUAGUUUGGCUUACUCUAGCCAGCUUUUCUUAAAUUAUCCCAUCUUUUGCCUCCGGGCUUUUACCUUUCUCUGUUUCUGUAUAACUUUCUUCUUAUUCUGUGGCUGGCUCCUUGAGUUCUCCCCCUUUUGUUUCUUGAUCCCUUUUCCUCCCAGAUUUCUCCUUCUAUUUAUUCUCUCUGCCGGCUGGUCCGCCUAUCCUUUCUCCUGCCUUGCUAUUAGCUGUUUAGUUCUUUAUUAGACCAAUCAGGUGUUUUAGACAGGCAAAGUAACGCAGCUCCACAGAGUUAAACAAAUGCAACAUUAAAAAGAAAUGCAACAAUCUUUGCAUCAUUAAACAAAUGUUCCACAGCAUAAACAAAUGUAACACACCUUUAACUAAUAUUCCAUAAUAGUCCUUACUAAUAUAGCUGUCUUUAAAACACAUCAAAAGACAUCAUUUACUAGUCGAUAAAGUUGCGCAUACGCGGCAUAGAAAAAAUCCAAAGUGAUAGUGAAUUUGCCUAUUAAAGCAGAUGACUGAAAAUUAAACAACAGGAAACUUUCUACAGUACUCUCUUAAACAGGGAGGAAAUAAAAAUGCAUUUGCUCAGGCUGUCAAGAGAAGAGCCUGACUAUUUUGUAUUACUAACUAUAAACGUACUAUUGGAAAAGGUAAUGUCAGUCUUUGGGAAGUGCUUUACAACAAAUUGCCAAGUUUACAUUUACUUAUAUAACCAUAAUAAAAAGCUGACGACGCAUGGACUGUGUGUUUCAUAGCAGAGCAGUAGAAUCGACAGCAACUUUAGAACUGUCUCACAGAGAAGAUGAUCAGUCGGUUUCCUAGUGGUCCAAGGUUUUCAAGUGGCCCAAAUGUCUCUGGAAUAGUUGUUUUACCAAUCUUUAUAUCUUGCUUUUGCAACACAUGCAAUGUUCUGUAAUAGCCAGGUGUAGUGGUGUGAGUUUUUAAUCCAGUACUCAAAAGGCAGAGGCAGGCAGAUCUCUGAGUUCAAGGUUAGGAUGGUCUACAAAGUGAGAUCCAAGACAUCCAGGGCUACCCAGAGAAAUCCUGUCUCAAAAACCAAUCCCAAUCAAACCAAAUGAACACAGAAAAAUGUCCUGUAUUCUUUCUUUCCUUGUUCUGCUUCUCAUUUUCUGUAUUUAUGGGUGCUUUGUCUGCAUGUAUGUCUGUGUACCACAUUCGUACAGUGCCUAAGAGGCCAGAAGAGGGUGUCAGAUCCCCUAGAGUUACCCAUAGCUAUGAGCCAUCUUGAGAGGGCUGGGAAUUGAACCCAGGUCUCUAGAAGAGCAGCCAGAGCUCUUGAUGGAAGAGCACUCUCCAGUCUUUGUUUGCAUCCUUUAAGAUUUAGGAAAAGGUGAAGUCCUUCUAUCUUUAACCUAAAAAAUAAAAAAAAUCAAUAAUCAAUAUAAAAUAAAUGAAUCAGGGUAGUAUGUAUAGAAACAAAGAGGCACAUUUGAAUGACACUUGAAAGGGAUGGAUUAAGGCAGGACAGAAGAGUAAGAUGCAAGAAGACAGGACAAUAAAGCAUCUGGCCAAGGCAGGCAGUGGUGCACACGCUUUUAAUUCCUGCACUCGGAAGGCAGAGGCAGACAGAUCACUGUGAGUGUGACUGGUCUACAGAGCGAGUUCCAGGACAGGCUCCAAAGCUACAGAGAAACCCUGUUUUGAAAAACAACAAAAACGACCUCUGACUAAAUUAACAAUGGGAAAGGGAAUGACAGGUUUUUGAGAAAAUAUAUAAGAGCAAUGAAAAAUUUCUGAUGAGUCAGUCUUCCUAAUUUACAUGAUCUAUGGAUUUUUUUUAUAAAAUGGGAUGAAAACAUUAACUGUUAAAAUAAGACUGGAGAGUCAACGAGAUGGCUCAGCAAAUAAAAGUGCUUGCCAUUUGAGCCUGACGACCGAAUUUGGUCAUCAGAACCCACAAAUGGCGGCAGGAGAAAACGGACUCUCCAAAGUCAUCCUCGGACCUCCACUUGAGUGUCGUGAGUGCCCGUGCCCACCCCCACCUACAUGCAAGAUGACUUAAAAAGGAAAUGGCCAGUGAGCCAAUAAAUGUGCAAAGUCUUCUCUGCAGUCUCAGUAAACAUGACUCCUCAAAGAGGCAGCGGGUAAGAGCAGUUAGGACAAAUCCACAUGCAGGGCUCAGUAACAUGGGGAAGCUGGGGAAGUGGUUAGGCUACAGAGCUAAGCAAACAAAGAGCUCCCAAGCAGCAUCACGCUAUGGGACUUUGGAUUGUUCAGAUAUCCCUAAAGAGGAGAGAGAUCAGUGUUAACAAGGGCUCCAGGGCAGUUUUGUUUUUACUUUUGUUGUUUAAUCUGUCGCUAGCUUAUUUGGGACUUUCCCUUUUUCUUCCCUCUCCCCUACCCCCAGACAGGGUUUCUCUGUAUAUCUCUGGCUGUCCUGGAACUUGCUCUGUAGACCAGGCUGGCUUCAAACUCACAGAGAUCUGCCUGCCUCUGCCUCCCGAGUGCCAGUAUUAAAGGCGUGUGCCACCACUGCCCAGCUUAUAUGGAUCCCUUGGGUCUCUCAGGUCUCUCUCUCUCUCUCUCUCUCUCUCUCUCUCUCUCUCUCUCUCU